AUGGGCGCCUCAGAGGAGCGAGAUAGAGUGGCUGUGACCGAAUCCCACGAUGCGCCGGGCGCUAUUGAGCUGGGGGCGAUGCGCAGUCCGACGAGUUCUCGCCAUCACGACCCCGAAUCUAGCCCAUUGGCCUGGCUAUGUGUUUUAGGAUCAUUUAUGUUUCUUUAUCCAUCAUACGGGUUCAUGCAAUCUGUUGGAACUGUUCAGUCCUAUCUCCAGCUACACCAGCUGAGUGAGUACUCCACUCGCGAUCUAGGUUGGAUCAGCGGAAUCUUCACCUCGCUUGCACUGUUCCUUGGAAUCCAAGCCGGGCCAUUGAUGGAUGCCUAUGGGACGAAGUGGCUGGCUCCCAUCUCCGUGGCACUCUAUGUGCCCGUGUUCUUCAUCAUGGGUGAAUGCACGCAAUACUGGCACUUCAUUCUUUGCUUGGGAGUACUGGGCGGCAUCGGCGGUGCCCUCACAUCAACAGUCGCUGUGGCAGUUAUUGGAAAGCUCUUUAACCGCCGCAAGGGGCUUGCCAUGGGAGUCGCCCUGUCCGGAUCCUCGUUCGGGGGUGUGACCAUCUCGAUGAUGCUUCGGUCCAUCCUGCCUCGACUGGGCUGGCAGUGGUCCAUGAGGAUCAUGGGAUUCCUAGUCCUUGGUAUCAUGGUUCUGGGCGUCAUUUGUUUCCUCCCCUACCCUCGCCUGUCCACUCCUGUCUCUGGAGCACCCGUCGGGAGAGUCGGAGCCCUGCUCAAUUUCUCCGCCUUCCGCUCCCCUCCAUUCGGCUUUAUGGCCGGUGGUCUCUUCAUGCUGGAAUUUGUUCUCUUUGGAAUUACCGGCCUAUUGCCUACUUUUGCCAUUGCUGCAGGCUUCCCUUCGAACAUUGGGUUCUCCCUCGUGGCCAUUCUGAACGGUACUUCAUGUUUCGGUCGGAUCAUGACCGGCGUAAUCGGCGAUAGAAUUGGCCACCUCAACAUCCUCCUCAUCAUGAUAGGUAUUACGAUUGUGUUUACCGGGGUCGUUUUCGUGCCUUUUGGAACCAAGCAUAUCGGUGCUUUGUAUGCCUUUGCCGCGCUUUGGGGCUACGGAUCGGGAUCCUUUCUUUCGAGCACACCAGGAAAGACUUGCGAGCCAAAGGAUUACGGGAGGUACUUGGGCACCAUGAACUUUGUAGUCAGUUUCUCGUUGCUAGUAACCGUCCCCAUCGGUGGACAGAUGCUGGAGAGUAUGGGCGGAACAGCGCUCUCGGGAUUUUAUCUUGCUAUCCUCUUCUUGGGCGGUGUUUGCUAUUUUGCUGCCCGCUCCCUUCUUCUAGGCGGUUGGCUUACGCUGAGAGCCAGUAUUUGA